CCCUAACCAAUAACUCUAACUUUGACAGUUUGACUUCAGCGCCUCCUUCUCCUUCCUCUCCCGCUAUCUUUCCACGGCCACCAUUGUCUCUCCUUCAUUAACGGCCUCCUCCCUCUUACCUCCGCCGGCAAGCUCUCCCUCUUUCUCUCUCAGAAGAUUGAAAGAAGGGGAAGAAUCCUUCUCUCAAUCUCUCAGUCGAAUAUGGGAAAUCGAUGGCUAGCUACUGCGAGGGUUGAGCGCGGAGAUCUGUGGAAGAGCGACGCCCUCUCCGGCUCAGGCACCACAUAUUUUCACCGACGGCUACUUUUCCUUGUACCAUUGAAAGCUCGAAGAGGUCGACAUCGUUCGUAGCUGUCGAAUCGAUUACUUAGAGAAAAGAGAGAGAGUGAACUACUGUUCAGUGUUGGAGGGAGGGAGGAAGGAAGGGUUUCCGAUCCCGAUCCCGAUCUCGAUGUCGGUGAUGGAGAUCAAUAGUUCAAUUUCGUGCCCUUCAACUCCUUGUUGGAUCUCCGAGAGGCCGUUCCUCACCGACAGCUUUCAUCAGGUUCCUCCUCCUCAUCUUCUCUUUACUCUUUACUUUAACCUCCUCCUCCUCCUCCUCCUCAUUUACUUUCCAUUUGAAAUUUCCGUUCAGUUUGUGCAGAAAACCAAAUGGACGUUGCGUUUCGCCACCGAUACCAAGGAUUCCCAUACUGUGGGAUUCCAAGAUUCCAUUGGCUGUUACAAUGCUGCUGUUCAGGAACUGGUGGAGGUUUCAGAGGCUUAUGUUUAAGCACAAGUUGUACCAGCUAAGGGAAGAGAGGGAUAUGAAGCCUGAGACUUUUGCUAGCCUUGUCUCAGCUAUUAUCUAUUAUCUACGAGAAAAGGCUAAGGCCAUGGCUGGUGAUACUGCUGUAAGGUCAUUGCUAGAAAAGAUGGCUGAAUGUGCUAGCAAUGCGUACCUGGGUAUAUUAGAGAGGUGGGUAUAUGAAGGAGUCAUUGAUGAUCCUUACGGUGAAUUUUUCAUUGCUGAGAACAAAUCUCUUCAAAAGGAAAGACUCAAGAUUAUGAAGCCAAGUAUUGGAGGCAACGUUACAGCUUAAGGAUGGAAGUCCUAGCUUUCUUGCAAAUAUUGCUGGGACAAUUUUAAUCACUGGAAAAUAUCUAAAUGUCAUGAGAGAAUGUGGGCAACAUGUUCAGGUUCCACUAUGGUUUAUCCUGUACGUUUGUACAAUAUUAUCUUCUUCUCCUUGUUUUUUUUUUUUGGUACAAUCCUUCACCUCCCUUGUGGUGUCAUUAGUAUCAAGGGAGGUGUCGUUAGUAUCUAUCAGUGACUGGAUUGUAUGAAUAGGUCCCUGUAUCUGAAAAUUCGAAAUUGAUGAGCUUUGGAUCAAAUCAUCGUUAUGUUGAGUGUAUAAAAUCUGCUUAUGACUUUGCUAGCAGUGAGCUUUUAAAUCUUAUCAAAGAAAAAGUGAGGCUCAGUCGUCAUAAAUACUUAAGUUUUUCUGUGCAUAUGUUAUCAUUCUUUUUGGUUCCUAUAUGAAUAAAUUCAUGAUUGAUGAUCUUCAUAGCAAUUCAUUUAUCUUGUUGUCUAAUCUUACCUUUUUUUUUUCCCCUUUUUUUGUCUGUAUGUAGUAUGAUCUGAUAGGGAAGCUACGAUCUAUAAAGCACUAUCUUCUUCUUGAUCAGGUAUAUAUACUGCUGUAUGACCAGUGAACUUGGAAGUAGAUUAAUGGGUAUGCAAUAUGUUUUAGUAUGAAUAUUUAUGCUUCAUCUGCCAUUGAGAUUGGAAAGCUUCAGUCAUCUAUAUCAGGUUAGGUGCUAGGUCAGUGUCUACUUAAUAUUCCAUGGGAAUAAGCGAGCAUGUGUAUGUUUAUGUCAUUAUAAAUCGUGGGUGGACAUUUUGAACACUUGGGUAUUAGCUCCGUCAAGCACUAGAAUGCUUGGCUUUCAGGUCUAGAUCUCAGAGGCAGUACCUGGUUAUUAUAAAGGAUUUUGUGAUGUUUAAUCUAUUCUACCAUGUGGUUAUUAAGUGGAAUGUUAAAUGUUUUCCCUCAUGUUAUUCAUACAAUGAAAAUGUUAUUCAAAUCAAUU